GAUAUAUAAACCCUCAUCCUUAACCUAUCAUCGAGUAUUCUUCCUGGCCACUUCACUUUUCUUACUCUGACAUCAAGUCCACCUGACCAGUUCAUUCUUUCAUUCUGAAAUCGAAUCCCGAGCCAGAUCCAACAUGACAUUGGAAUACGAUCGAAACACUACCGCCGAAACGGUAUGUGAAACGUUUCAUCAUAAUGUCAAAGGGAAACCCAUACUUGUGACUGGACCCAGUAUCACAGGAUUAGGAUAUGCUGCGGCAGCUAUCAUUGCUAAAUUUCAACCUAAGACCAUCAUCUUCUUAGGAAGGAAUGAACAGAAGUUGAUAGAAGCCAAAGAAAGUUUGUUCAAGAUUAAUCCUGAAUUAGAAUGCAAGACUAUCGAAUGCGAUUUGACAUCUUUGAUUGAUGUUAAAAAAGCAGCAAAGGAGGUGUUGGAAUUAGGUUUGAAUGUCGAUGUUUUCAUCGCCAAUGCGGGUGUGAUGAAUUCACCUUACACAAUCACUCAAGACGGUUUCGAAGUUCAACUUCAAACCAAUUACUUGUCCCAAUUUGUACUCAUCACUCAACUCUUGCCUUUGAUCCUCAAGAGUGAAUUGAAAAGGGUGAUCAUGUUGAAUAGCGCUGGGGUAAUUUGGGCCGGGGUACAAUGGGAAGAUCCUAAUUAUAAGAAAAACGAAUAUGAUGGACAUGCAGCCUAUGCUCAGAGUAAAACCGCCAUGACUUUAUUCGCUCGUUAUCUUGCCAAACAUUACGGUGAUAAAGGAUUAUCAGCCUAUUCAGUAUGUCCAGGAGCCAUUCCAACUGAAGUAGGUCGAUAUUACAGCGCGGAGAUGAAAGUCCAGUUCAGUAAAACGAUUGGACAAGGUUGUUUCUUCGAUGAUGGAAGUAUCAAUUAUGAUUCUGCUUGGUGGUCAACUCCCUCACAGGGAGUAGCAGUUGUCUGUCGUGCAGCUUUCGAAGAUGAUCUUCAACCAAAUGGAGCAUUUUUGAAAGAUUGCAUCGUCGAUGAAGAAGGAUGUCCGGUACAUUGUAAAGAUCCCGAAUUGGUUGAGAAAGUAUGGGGUUGGACAAAUGAGCUUUUAGGGGAAUCAUUGUCCGAGUGAUUGUCAAAAAACUUCCAAGAUACUCUAUUCCCAUCGACUCAAAAGGAUGGAAUGAAUCUGAUGCUAUGAGAGACAGAUUCGUAGAACAAAUGGAUAUGCAUGUGAAUUUUAACGG